UGUUCCGGUUUCGGUUUGCUGUGGAUGGUCCGGAUCCUUACAUCAUGUUCCUUGUUGGUCUUACCGGCGGCAUAGCCUCCGGCAAAUCUUCCGUUUCCAAAACCUUGUCUGAUCUUGGUUGUAAAGUUAUUGAUGCAGACAAACUCGCCCGGGAAGUUGUUGCCCCUGGAGCCACAGCCUGGAAGAAAAUCCGACAGCAUUUUGGAGACGAGGUGUUUUUGGAAAAUGGAGAAAUCAAUCGGGAAAAACUUGGAGAAAUCAUUUUUGCUGAUACCCAGAAAAGGCGACUGUUGAAUUCACUCACUCACCCAGAAAUACAUAAAUUGAUGCUAAGGAAAAUCUUUCAGCUAUUUAUCACAGGUCAUGCAUAUGCUGUUCUGGAUAUUCCUUUGCUGUUUGAGACAGGAAAAGUCCUACCCUACGUAACAUACACUGUAGUUGUCAAUUGCUCGGAGGAUCAACAAUUAGAACGGCUGAUGAAAAGAAAUAAACUGACAGAAGAGGAAGCCAGAGGCAGAAUAGAAGCUCAAAUGCCAUUGGCUCAAAAAGUAAAAGCUGCCACCUAUGUUGUUGACAAUAGCGGAAGUUUGAUAUCAACUGAAAAGCAGGUGCGUGGUUUGCACAGGGAUUUACAAAGGAGUAAAGCACACUGGAGACUCAGACUUGUACUGUCAUCAGUUUUCAUUGUUUCACUUGGAGUUAUAUUUCUUGUAUUUAAUUACUAAUAUUAGGUUGUGGAUAUUGUAUUUAUAAUUAUCACAGAGGACAUCAAUAUCUGCAGCCAAGCAACAUUAUGUCAUAUAAAAUAUUAUUUCUCUGAUAGGUUCUCCUCACAGAAAGUCAUUAGUAUGUAGUCUGGUAGUGAUACCAGACUAGUGCUAAAACUGGAUUCAUCACAUUCCGUGAAUAUUAUAAACCACAAAAAUAAUCAUCCACAUUUUCUCAUGCUGGUGAUUAAUACAAAGUGACCCAGUGUUCAAUUAUAAUGGCCUUCUAAUUGAAAUUGUAUAACUAAAUACAGAAGGUAUAUACAGAAAGGCCACAAAUCAGGGAUUACUGUAUCUAUGUACAUGUAUCAAGUGUCAUGGUUGUGAUUAUAAUGUGUCUAGUGUCUUAAGGAAAUUACAAUAAUGUGUCUAAUGUGUCAGAUGUCUUUGGGACAUUACAAUAAUGUGUCUUAAUGUAUCAGGUGUCUUUAGGGCAUUACAAUAAUGUUUCUAAUGUAUCGGGUAUCUAUAGGGCAUUACAGUAAUGUGUCGGGUGUCUUUGAGACAUUACAAUAAUAUGUCUAAUGUAUCAGGUGUCUUUAAGGACAUUAAAAUAAUGUGUCUAAUGUAUCAGGUGUCUUUGGGACAUUACAGUAAUGUGUCUAAUGUAUCUGGUGUCUUUGGGACAUUACAGUAAUGUGUCAAUGUAUCAGGUCUCUUAGGGACAUUGCAGUAAUGUGUCUAAUGUAUUAGGUGUCUUUGAGACAUUACAAUAAUGUCAAUGUAUCAGGUCUCUUAGGGACAUUGCAGUAAUGUGUCUAAUGUAUCAGGUGUCUUUGAGACAUUACAAUAAUGUCAAUGUAUCAGGUGUCUUUUGAACAUUACAUUAAUGUGUCUAAUGUAUCAGGUGUCUUUGGGACAUUACAAUAAUGGAUCUAAUGUAUCAGAUGUCUUUGGGACAUUACAAUAAUGUGUCUAAUGUGUCAGGUGUCUUUGGGACAUUACAAUAAUGUGUCUAAUGUGUCAGGAGUCUUUGGGACAUUACAAUAAUGUGUCUAAUGUGUCAGGUGUCUUUGGGACAUUACAAUAAUGUGUCUAAUGUGUCAGGUGUCUUUGGGACAUUACAAUAAUGUGUCUAAUGUGUCAGGAGUCUUUGGGACAUUACAAUAAUGUGUCUAAUGUGUCAGGUGUCUUUGGGACAUUACAAUAAUGUGUCUAAUGUGUCAGGAGUCUUUGGGACAUUACAAUAAUGUGUCUAAUGUGUCAGGUGUCUUUGGGACAUUACAAUAAUGUGUCUAAUAUGUCAGGUGUCUUUGGGACAUUACAAUAAUGUGUCUAAUGUGUCAGGAGUCUUUGAGACAUUACAGUAAUGUGUCUAAUGUGUCAGGUCUCUUUUGGACAUUACAAUAAUGUGUCUAAUGUGUCGGGAGUCUUUGGGACAUUACAAUAAUGCGUCUAAUGUGUCAGGAGUCUUUGGGACAUUACAAUAAUGUGUCUAAUAUAUCAGGUGUCUUUGGGACAUUACAAUAACGGAUCUAAUGUAUCUGGUGUCUUUGGGACAUUACAGUAAUGUGUCUAAUGUGUCAAAAGUCUUUGGGACAUUACAAUAAUGUGUCUAAUGUAUCUGGUGUCUUUGGGACAUUACAAUAACGGAUCUAAUGUAUCAGGUGUCUUUGGGACAUUACAGUAAUGUGUCUAAUGUAUCUGGUGUCUUUGGGACAUUACAAUAAUGUGUGUAAUGUAUCAGGUGUCUUUGGGACAUUACAAUAAUGUGUCUAAUGCAUCUGGUGUCUUUGGGACAUUACAAUAAUGUGUGUAAUGUAUCAGGUGUCUUUGGGACAUUACAAUAAUGUGUCUAAUAUACCAGGUGUCUUUGGGACAUUACAAUAAUGUGUCUAAUAUACCAGGUGUCUUUGGGACAUUACAAUAAUGUGUCUAAUGUAUCAAGUGUCUUUGGGACAUUACAAUAAUGUGUCUAAUAUACCAGGUGUCUUUGGGACAUUACAAUAAUGUGUCUAAUGUAUCAGGUGUCUUUGGGACAUUACAAUAAUGUGUCUAAUGUAUGUGGUGUCUUUGGGACAUUACAAUAAUGUGUCUAAUGUAUCUGGUCUCUUAGGGACAUUUGGCAGCAUAUUUUAGACUGAACUUUAUAAAAUGUGUAAAAUAUGGAUUUGUUUUUAUUAUAAAUUCUCUAUCUUUGAAAUUGAGGACUCCUCACCUGGAGAUGUUAAAAUAUUUUGGGCAAACCUGCACUUAAAUUUCUUUAAAUUUACCAAAUUUGAAACAUUUUAAGAAGAACCUACAAAUCUUUCUUGUCUGUUAGGAACAGUUUACCAGUCAAUAUUUAAUUUUCAGGAAAUUUAUGUGUAUGUGUCGUUAAACUAUUCAGUUUUUAUCAAUAUUUUCUUCCUAGAACCUGGUGACAAGUUAUACAUUGUAUAUGUGAUGCACAAGCUGUAGAUUGUUAUUGAUGUAAGCUCUUUGUUUUGUUCUACAUACUAUUUUAUGUGAUAAUGUUACAGAAGUCCUAAUGACCAAGUCCCAUGUGACCUAUCGACACCACCUUUUGUCCCUUGUCAUGUGUCUGUUAACAGUCCACAUUUUGGACUAUUGUUAAAUAUUUGAACCAAUUACAAAAGAAUUUAGUAGGAAAAGACAAUUCAAUCAAAAAAGUAAAUCAUAUGGAUCUUACCCUGUAACACUGUGUGGGAAGGACAUUAACCCAUUCACCACUGUAGACCAUAAUGGACUCAUCCAGAUUAAUGCAUGGUAGAGUUUACUCAAGUUAUAUAUAAUUACAUACUGUAGGGGUGAAAGUGUUAAAGAGUCAAAUUGGCUAAAAUUUCAAAUAUCAUCUUCAGACCACAAUUUUGCUAGAAUUAAAUUCUCUGAAUGGAUGGAAAGGUCCCUAUGUGCUAUAUCAAACUUGUGGAUUUCAUACGCUGGAUCAGCCAAUUCCCUUGGGGAGAUGGUAAAGUUGGCUAUACUUCAUUUAGGGAAAGUCGCUUUUUGUCAUAGUUCGGUUUCAUCGGUUUCUUCUAGUUCACACUUGGUUGCAAUAUCAUAAUCAUGUAAGAAAAGUUUGGAUGGUAUGGAAAUUAAAACCCUAACAAGCUUUUUCUGAUAUAUUAUAACAUACUUGUCAACUCCCGAUUUUGGACCUUAAAAUUGAGCAUUUUCAAUCAGUGAAUUUGUUAAA